AUGUAUAGAAAAACAAUUUUAAUUGCAUUAGUUUUAGCGAUCGCCUCUCUAUGCCAAGCUGAUGAUGGGGAUAUUACUGUAAUGGACGGUGAUACUUGUUAUGCUAUCUGGACAACUAAAUGUGGUCAUCCCAAUUGGAGUCAAUCCGAUUUCGAUAAGGUCAAUCCCAAUAUUAAUUGUGAUACUCUUCAAAUCGGACAGACAAUAAAAUGCGGUAGUGGUGGUACUUCUGGAACAACCUCUGGUGGUACUACAUCUGGUGGUGACGGUGGUGGAUACACUGUUGUAUCAGGUGAUACAUGCUAUGGUGUAUGGACAACUAAAUGUGGUCAUCCCAAUUGGAGUCAGUCAGAUUUCGAUAAGGCCAAUCCUAAUGUUAAUUGUGAUACUCUUCAAAUUGGUCAACAUUUGAAUUGUGGUGACGACAGUGGUUCGACAUCAGGUGGAUCCACUUCUUCUGGUGGUAUUACCGUUGUUAAAGGCGAUACCUGCUAUGCAAUUUGGACAUCUAAAUGUGGUCAUAACUGGAGUCAAUCUGAUUUCGAUAAAGUUAAUCCAGGUAUCAACUGUAAUUCUCUUCAAAUCGGUCAACAUUUGAGUUGUGGUGACGCCGGUAGUUCGACAUCAGGUGGUUCCACUUCUGGUGGUAUUACAGUUGUUAAAGGCGAUACCUGCUAUUUGAUUUGGACUUCAAAGUGUGGUCAUCCCUGGAGUCAAACUGAUUUCGAUAAAGUUAAUCCAGGUAUUAAUUGUGCUGCUCUUCAAAUAGGUCAAAAUCUGAAAUGUUAA